UGUGGGACUAUAAAUAGGAGGGAUGAAGCCAGCAGAGAUCAGAUUCUCUCUACAGAGACCUCUACAGCACAGAGAUCCAGACAUGGCACCUACAAUCACUGCAGCAAUGACCAAUUCUCAGGAGCAUCUGACUUUGACCCACAAGCUCAGAAAGCCUCUGGUGGAGAAGUUACGCAGAGAGCGAAUCAACAGCAGCAUUGAGCAGCUCAAGUCUCUCCUGAGUCCAGAGUUCCUCAAACAGCAGCCAGACUCCAAGCUGGAGAAAGCAGACAUCCUGGAGAUGACAGUUUGUGUCCUGAGACGGCUGCAGCAGCAGAAUCAACCUGUGGACUCAGCAGCUGUCGGUCAGGGCUAUUCCAGAUGUGUCCAAGAGGUGACACACUUCCUGUCCAAAGAGCAGGUGAAGACCCAGUCCCAGAGAAGACUGCUGAACCACAUCAACAAGCUGCAGUCUUCCUCUGAUAACAACCUGAGAGAGGCUGACUUCUCUCUUCUGAGCUCCACAGUCCAGACCAGCAUCACCAAAGAGAAGAGUCCAGUCAACAGCGCCGUCUGGAGACCGUGGUAGACACCUCCAGACUGGAGUUACUACCAGACAAACUGAGAUGACCACAUUGGUCAAAGAUUACUGGACUGAUGUCUUUGAAAUGUUAUGGACUUGUUGUUCUUCUGUUGUACAGAAGGUUGUAUUUGCUGUUUAUUUAUUUCCUGAGGAAAUGACAGCAACAAGAUCUUUUGUUAAGAAAGAGAUCAUCUGGUCAUGCAUGUUGCAUGAACCAAAUCUAAUUGCGUCAGCAAUUAUUAUUAUUAUUAUUAUAAUUAUUAUAAUACCACAUUGUACAUCAUGUAAUGUUGGUAUCAGCUAUGGUAACAUCUGUUAUCUUUUGAUUAUUAUUGAUCAUUUUGAUCAGAUACUUUAACUUUGUCCUUUUAAUGGACAUAUUGUCCCCAUGGACUUACCUCACUUUAAUCUCUCCGAUUACUCAGAACUGAUCUGUUGUUAGAUCCUAAUGUUUAUCUUUUUUUCUAAAAGGUUUGCUUAUCAUCACAUUUUUCCUGUGAUCAUUUUAUGACUCCCUUCAUGUCAUGUGUUGACAGAUGGAGAUGUUUAUUACCUCUUGAGAGGUAUUGAUGAUUU